ACAGUCCAAAAUCAUAACUUUCAGACAAAGAACUGUUUUUCCAGUCAAAGUCUUCAUCACAUCGAUCCUUGAUCGAACCAAUUGACGAAUUUUCCGUCGUCAAGCUCUCUCUACCGCCGCCGCCGGCCCACCGGUCUCUUUCCGGUGAACUGAAAUCGGACUGUACCAAUCUCUGGCCGUUAGUUUGCCGGAGACCAUCUGUUACGACGAAUAUCAAUUCCCGAUUUUGACAAAAACCCAGGAUUUGUUUUUUUCCGGCGAACCGGAUUCGACUUCUCCGGCUAACCGGAGAUGAAGUUUAUGGAAUUAGGGUUUCGACCUGACACAUUCUACACUGUGGAAUCAGUUAGGUCUGUGUCUUCUGAUUUAUUGAAUGAUCUUAUAAUCCAAGUCAAAUCCACCAAAUAUCUACUUCACAAGUUUCCGAUGUUGUCCAAAUGCUUGCGUUUGAAGAAUUUAGUCUCUUCACAAUCUCUAGAAACAGAAACCUCGCAAGACCAGCAAGUGAUUCAACUUGUUGAUUUUCCCGGCGAAACAGAGGCUUUUGAGCUCUCAGAGUAUCUCGGAAUGACGGAAGAAGUAGAGCUCGGCGAGACCGAGAAUCUUGUUCAAAGACUUGAGCUUUUCUUGACUUCUUGUGUGUUCAAGAGUUGGAGAGAUUCGUUUGUUACUCUUCAGACUACAAAGGUGUUACCUUUAUGGUCUGAAGAUCUUGGGAUCACAAACCGAUGCAUCGAGGCGAUUGCUAACGGUGUAAAUGUAUCCCCUGGUGAGGAUUUUUCGACCCAAUUGGAGACCGGUUUGUUGAGAAACCAGUCAAGGAUAAGAAGAGAUGAAAUCUUGUGUAAUGGUGGAGGAAGUAAGGCAGAGAGUUUGAGGUGGUGGGGUGAAGAUUUAGCUGAAUUGGGUUUAGAUCUUUACCGGAGAACAAUGGUGGCGAUAAAAUCAUCAAACCGGAAGAUAUCUCCGCGGUUAAUCGGAAAUGCUCUUAGGAUCUAUGCAUCUAAAUGGCUACCGAGCAUUGAAGAAAGCUCUACGGAUUCAAAUCUGAUUUUGGAAUCGGUUAUUUCCCUUUUACCAGAGGAAAAAUCCUCUGUUCCUUGCAGUUUCUUGCUUCAGCUACUGAAAAUGGCUAAUGUUAUGAAUGUUUCGCCUUCUUCGAAGAUGGAACUCGCGAUAAAAGCCGGGAAUCAACUGGAUAAGGCAACUGUUAGCGAGCUGUUGAUACCCUUAUCGGACAAGUCAGGUAUGUUAUACGAUGUAGAUGUUGUGAAGAUGAUGUUGAAGCAGUUUUUGUCUCAUAUUAGUCCUGAGAUAAGGCCAACAAGAACAAGAACAGAACAUAGAAGGUCUCGUUCUGAAGAAAACAUCAAUUUGGAAGAGAUACAAGAGAUUAGAGGAUCUUUGUCUACUUCUUCUUCUCCUCCAUUGUUGAGUAAAGUAGCAAAGCUUGUUGAUUCCUAUCUUCAAGAAAUUGCUAGAGAUGUGAACUUAACAGUGUCGAAGUUUGUUGAAUUGGCUGAAUCAAUACCGGAUGUUUCAAGGAUUUGUCAUGAUGAUUUAUACAAAGCGAUUGACAUCUAUCUUCAGGUUCAUGAGAAGAUUGAAAAGUGUGAGAGAAAGACGUUAUGCAGAAUCUUGGACUGCAAGAAACUAUCAGUAGAGGCAAGCAAGAAAGCUGCACAGAACGAGCUGCUUCCUUUGAGAGUGAUCGUGCAAAUCCUCUUCGUCGAGCAAGCACGGGCCACAAUAGCUACAACAACAAACAAUAUCACCACUAAUGAAACAGCGGUUUUAAAGAGAAGCUUUACAACGAGAAGAGAAGAAGGAAUGGAAGAAGAAAGAGAUGAAGCUAAACCAAGUGGAGGGUUUCUUCAGAGCACACCUUCGAGGUUUAUGGCGUUGUGUGCGAUCCCGAGACAGCCUAAGAAGAUGCUCUGCAAGUUGUUGUCGAUCAGUAGGAGUUUAAGUCAACGAAUUUAAGAAGAUUUGAUUGUGGGAGUAUUUAUCAUUUUUUUCCUACCGCUUUCUUGUUGCUCAAGUCAAAUUGUCUUCGUCGUCCCUGUGAAGCUUAUUUGGUUCUGAAAAUUCAUUUGUCACAUGACAUUGUAUAACCCAACAAUAAAGAAAAUAUAUAUUAAUCUUUCUUUCAUAAUUUUUGUGUAGUUUAGUGUGGUGGUUUAAUGAUAAAUUGAUUCUUUGUAA